GGGCUCCAUUCACAUCAGGCUGUAUGAGAAAUAACAGCACAGGACAGAAUAUAGUACUUUUGUGUACAUUUUGCUGAGUUUUUAGAACUGAACCUACUUUCUUCACUGGUCACAAGGCUCUGUUUUUUACAUGGUGGCUUGUCACUGAUGGUAUUGCCUAACUUCUGAGUUAUCUGAGUAUUUUACAGGAAGCGGUCAAGUGAAAAGAACCAGACGGGUAAACCCCUCCGGAACUCCUCCCUCUCUCCCCAUAAAAAGGGGGAGGUGAAUUAGAAGGAGGGUGCUCAUAUGCUUAUUUUUGUCCUGGCGGUCUUUAAGCUAAGAAGCUUGUACAGAAGGAAACCCGGGACACAUGAAGAUGCGUGUUUACCUGCUGUUUGCCGUGGGCGCCUUGACGGCGAUGGCCGCAGCGCAGCCCCACUGUGACCCCCAAACGCAGUAUGAAAAAAAUGGGAUGUGCUGCAACAUGUGCAAACCAGGAACCAGAAUGUUGCCCCAGAGCACCUGCCAGGAUCCUGUUUGCGAAGCGUGUGGAAAAAACGAAUAUAUGGACAAAUACACAAAAUCUGACAAAUGCAAUCUUCAGCCGUACUGCGACCCGAAUAAAAACUUCCAGGUUGCCAUCCAUAAUAAUCAUUUGGAAAAAACCAUCUGUGUCUGUAAAGAGGGAUUUCACUGCUCCAGCAGUGAAUGUAUAACCUGUGUACAACACACUAAGUGUCACCCUGGAUUUGGAGUUCAUUCCAAAGGCAAUCAAACGCAUGACACAGUUUGCAAGCGAUGUCCAGGUGGUACGUUUUCCAACGAGAGCUCAAGCGACGGCGCCUGUCUGGAAUGGACCGAAUGUACGUUUGGAUACGAAGAGGAUAAGGCUGGAACAGCGACGUCUGACACCACAUGUGUGAGAACAUUUCGGGAUCAUUAUAUAGCGGUCAUUAUUGUGGUAAUCAUAGCUUUGUUUGUAAUUUGUGCUGGAAUCGCCGGGUUUGUCUAUAAAAAAAAAUCAGGAUACAUGGAAAUUAGAGCAAAGGUAUAUGCUUGCAUGGGAUGCCAGGAGACUGAAAGAAUUACUCAAGCUGAGCAAGGCACCCUGGCUGAGAAAGACACCCUGGCUGAGAAAGACACGCUGGCUGAGCGAAGCAUACCCGUCGAGAACGAAGAUGAAGAGGGCAGCCUGGACCAUGGAGUUACAGAAAAUGGAAACGUUCUGACCCAGGAGUAUGGGAAAAUGGACAUUCUCUCUCGUCAGGAGUCACAAACACAGGAAUCUUGUUCGAUGUGAGCUGUUGUGGGCUGCAUGGAAGUGUGAUGGUCAGCACUACUGCCACAGAGCAGCACAGCUUCCAGUUAAAACCUCGACUGGGAGCUGUGUGUGAAGUUUGCAUGUUCUCCUUGAGCCUGCAUGGAUUUUCUCAUGUUUCUUGUCUUUAUGUUACAUUCCAAUAAACAUGCAUGCAAGGCUUUUCACUGAUUAGCAGGUGAAACUGUGAUCAUGUGGUCCCUAUGAAGGAUUGUUGUCUUGUAAGGGUCUACCCCAUGUCAUCCAUUUUCAACUGGGAUAGGCCCCAGUUCCCCUACAAUUCUCAAGAACUAGGUACUAAAGCUAUUAAUGAAUGUAUGUUGUCGAGUGUCAUACUUGCUUUAAACAGUACCAACACUUAUGUAUAUAUGUAUGUAUUAGUACGGAGUGCUGACAAUGUCAGUCAUGAAUAAAUACAUUUUUAGGAAAAAGUGUAAUAUUUUAUUUGAUUCAGUUGUGUUAGCUUUGGGAAUUUAGAUGUUUUUUAUGUACUUUUUAAAAUCAUCAACAGCUUGACUUUUGUUCAUAUUUUAAACUUU